GCUUCGUCAAGACGACCGGAUGAGUUGUUUGCUCGAGAAGGCCAAAAUGGGCGUCGAAUAAGCGCCAAAACCGACUGCGGUCGCGGAUCGGGGCAAGUGGAAGGAGUCCUCCACAAACUGCAUGAACACUUUUGGACGGGCAACAAACGAGUCUACAAAUGUGGCCUAGUUUGCAGGUUUAAGGCGUCGCAUUGUGUGCGAAAAAAGGUGGUCUCGUCCACUUACUCGAAUCAGCGGGUAGAGAAGAGUAUUCUUGCCGAUCUCUUCUUUCGUCUCCUUCUCGUUUUCAUCCAUCAGCCGGUCGCCACGCGCUCCGAAUGCCUCUCGACAGCAAAUUCCACUUGCGCUCUGUCGGCGACGAGGCGGCAGGGUACAGCAGACUCCGGUUCAACUGGCCACUUGCAUUUGCGCCGCAUUGAUCGGUUGGAGUUGAGCCGUCGGGACUCGACUGGUCCGGCGCAUCGUGCUUGCAGCGGAUUGGCGCCGAUCGGCAGCGCGCCUCCUCCAGACUGCCUCGUCGAACAGAGAGCCGGUUUGUAG